AUGGGUUGUGCUGCAGCAAAACCAGAGAAACAAGACAAAUCACAUAGUAAACAAAACUCUCCUUGCUCACAAACUAAAGAGGCUACUCCAUCAAUAUCAUUGAUGUAAGAAACUGAUAAAAUAGAAUCAGAUUAUAUUUUCCAUAGUUUGGAUCCUUUAGUAAGUAAGCUAUUAAAUUAAUAAAAUAGCAAGAAGAAAUUACAUAAAAAAAGCAGUUUCUAAGAGCAAUAAUGCAAGUCGAAUAGUUAAGGUUUAUAAUUGUUUAAAUCUUACAACUACUGAAAAGUAAGAACUAGAAAGAAUAGUAAAUCAUCUAUUAUAAAUUGUAAGUCUUAUCAUAUAUAUAAGAAACAUUUAAACUUAGUCAGCCAAUAAUAAUACUAUUAUAAUGAUAAUAAAUUGUUCUUAGUUAGUGACUUUUGUGAUGGUGGCAAUCUAUUAUCCCGUUUGGAUCAUUUUAGUCAACUACAAUAACAUAAUAUGUUUGAUGUGUUUUGUUAGAUUAUGGCAGGAAUCUAAUUCUUACAUAAUAAAGGAAUUGCACAUGGGUAUGUUAAGUUGUGGUAUUUUAGAAACAUUCAACUUGAAAGUAUAGUGUUUACAGAUAAAAGCAUGUAGAAUGUCAAACUAAUAGACUAUGGUAUAUCAAGUUCCUUGAAAUCUACAUGUUUAUAAUGGAGACCUAAUGGAGGUAUUUAAGAAAUAUCCUUCAAAUCACCUGAAGCCUUGAAAUAAUCAAACCUAANGACUCAUAUAUGUAAUAUAAUAAAUUCUAUAGAAUAAAAAAUAAAAAUCUGA